AUGGGUGCAAAAAAUCUGGCAAGAGCAAAUUAUAUUAGCUCUGAACUGUUAGGAAGGAAAAGAGAAACGGUAGAGAUAGUCACCGAGGAACCAAUUGAAAAUAUAAUGAAAGAAGUUGAGACAGACACUACAAUUGACCGCCAUGAAGUAAUGGAUAUGUGCGAAGAAUUAUUGAAUGAACCUCUCCAUGCAUUAGACCACGACUAUGCAUUGAAAGGUUUGAAAUUUGCCUUCGAUUCAAAUAUGCCCCCACAAAUGGUAGCACUGGACGCUUCACAAGCAUGGAUGGUAUACUGGAUCGCAAAUUCUAUGCAAGUAUUCAAUGAAACAACAAUCGAUGAGGAGAACAAACGUAAAAUGGUUGAGAAAUUAUUUUUAAUGUCUGAAGAUAAAGGUCCAUUUAGCGGAGGAGAAGGGCAACUUCCGCACAUUGCUAGUACAUAUGCUGCAGUGAAUGCAUUAGCAUUAUGCGAUAAUUUUGAUAAUUGCUGGGAUCAACUCGACAGAAAAGCCAUAUACAAGUGGCUAUUAUCUUUAAAACAGACAGAUGGUGGUUUUACCACUUGUAACCCCGUUGGUGAACGUGACAUAAGGGGUGUGUAUUGUGCACUAAGUGUGGCAUCAUUAUUAAAUAUAAUGACAGAUGAAUUAAUCGAAGGUGUAUUGGAAUAUUUACAAAAAUGUCAGACAUUUGAAGGUGGGUUUGGUGCUACACUUUUACAAGAUGAGGCUCACGGUGGGUACACAUUUUGUGCAGUCGCAAGUUUGUGUAUCUUGAAUAAAUUACACACUAUAAAUGUAGAAAAAUUAAUGGAAUGGUGUAGUGCACGCCAAUACAACGAGGAAAUGGGUCUAUGUGGUAGAGGAAACAAGUUGGUCGAUGGAUGCUACAGUUUUUGGGUAGGUUCUACAGCUGCAAUGAUUGAAGCCACUACUGGGGUGGAAUGUAUAAAUAAACAGGCAUUGCGUAAAUAUAUACUAAAUUGUUGCCAAUCAACAACUGGUAUAUCAUUAAGAGAUAAACCAGGAAAGAAUGGUGAUUUCUACCACACAAAUUACGUAUUAAUGGGUCUUGCAAUCACGGAGAGUACAUUUAAAUACAAAAUGGAACCCAACAAGAAGUCACCGUUCGAUUUGGUGUCGAUUCCCUCCACAACUGAAGACAAACCAUCUGAUCUAUCUUCAAUAAAUCCAAUAUACGGGCUUCCAUCAGAUGUUGUUAGAAAGUUCCACAAACAUUUUGUCUGA